UGCUUGUACUUUCUUUAAUUGGAUUGGUUAGGAUUCGCGGAGGAACAUAUUUCAGCCAAUCAGAGGCCGAGUAAAGCAGAGUGGGGCAGGUCAUGCCGUCACCAUCCUAGGGAGAAAAAAAAAAUAACCAAGGCUUUAGCGCCACAUGAUUUUGUCACGUGACCAGCCUGCUCUUUAACUCACAUGGCUGCCGCCCCAGUGUCAGUGUGUCGGUCCCGUACAGGUGGGAGAGGAGCCGGUGACCAUGGCUGAAGAUGUGACUGUAUCAGAGGAGACUCUAACAGGUGCUCUGACUCUGCUGGUCAACCUGGGCACAGUCCUUCUACAGACAGCCAAGCAGGAAGCGCAAGAGUCCCUGGAGAGUUUUGUCCCACAUAAGAUCACCACUUUAUUCGGCCUGAUCGCAGCCGGAGCAAACUUCUACAAGAGCCUCGGAGUGAAGAAGAAGAAGGAAGCAGAGGACAUUUGGAAGAAGUCUUAUCACCAUGAAUCAGUGAGAGAGCAGGUGGAGCAACUUCUGCAGCUGGAGACUGAGUGGGACUCCUUCCUGGAGAGUGUGGACAGAGAUCUGCAGACGACAGAUAGACAGCUGUCAGGAGGAAAGAUCGCAGACAGCCUGAGCCCUGACACUUCAUUCACCGAUGCAAAGAGUGGAAAGAGCGUGACUCUGGGUCAGUACCUGGGUCAGGGGCAGAAGCUGCUGCUGGUCCUCAUCAGACACUUCGGAUGACUACCGUGACGAGACCACGUGGCCGAGCUGGAGGCCAGUCAGGCUGUCCUCGAGGCUCGGUCAGUGAGGGUCUUGGUGGUGUCUUUCGGCGGUGUGGAGGGAGCUCAGGUGUGGCGCGAGCAGACUGGAUGUACCUUUGACAUGCUGCUGGAUCCACAGAGGAAGGUAUACAGGAGCUUUGGCCUCGGCUCGUCUUACGUCAAGGUGAUGAAGUUCGGCUGUCUGCUGCAGUACUCAGAGUACGGAGCUGUUGACAGAGACUUCCCUGACGUUCCCACUCGCCUGCUUGAAGAUAUCUACCAGAUGGGAGGUGACUUUUUGCUGGAUGAAGCAGGGAAGGUCCUUUUAUGUCACCCAUCUAAAAUCCCGAUGGACAGGCCGACGGUAAAGGCCAUCCUGCAGGCUGUGGACUCCUCCGGCUGCUCUUCCAAGUCCACAGAGAAACACUGUCAUGUGGAACCCAAGCUGUGAGCACUGGAGACACUGAUCCUGGGGUUGUACCACAUCACUGACACCACAGAUGGAGAGCAGCUCUUUGACUCACGUUUAUGACGUCAUGUCUCACACUCAUGUCACCAUGAAGGAAUGUGACCGAUGCAGAACUAUGAAGCAAAGACAACUGAUCUCCUUUGCUGUGUCAGUGUUGUGAUGGGAGCGUUUUUAAACAAGUGGUUCUGCUGGAUUACAGUGUAAUUCAAUAUACAGUUAAUUUUAUGUAAUAUAAAUACUGUUAACUUAAAAAAACAGAUUUUAGUAAAUUUUACUGUAAUCAGUGCUGUUAGACAGUGUGGCAUUUCUUCAGGCUUUCCUUUUAAAACCGCCAAAACCCACAGCUGCUUAAUAGCUGUGGAUUCUGGCGGUUUUAAUUGGCAGAGAUGGGUUUCAUUUUUAAUUUUGGAAGUGACAAAUUGCUCUGUUACCCAGAAAUCAUGUUCUGAUGUUACCACUGCGCUGCCUUCUGCAGGAGACUCAUUUUCCUCCAUGUGGCUGCUCAGGGUGCAGAUGAAAGCUGCAGCUGCAUCCUUGGUUUCUAAUCAUUUUUCAAUACAGAUACAGAUUUAGAUAAAACUGCACUUUGAGAUUGUAGAGGAGAAAAACGGAUAUAUUUGCUGUUCUACCAAUCUGAUCUGUUCAUAUCUAUGAAUAAAAUAAGCAAUUUGUCAUGAAUUGUGAGCAGUUUGAUGUUAGAAUCACUCAGGAUACCAGCUCAGGAUUUCUGAUGAAUACGACUCGAUAUUAAACGUCAGUGCCUUUUGUUGCCGACUAACAUUUGCUGUAGCAUAGAGUAUCGUUCAAUAUCAAGUACCGCAAAAAUGAAAUUGAAUAUCUGGUCAGAUGUGUUAUCUUGUUCUCUUGCUGUUUCAUCAGAUUGUUCCUCAUUUAAAUCAAAAUGUAGCCAGUUUAAUUUUAUUUAGACAAAGGUUUAGUACCGUUAUACAGAGCCUGGGAAAUAUCAAGGCCACAAUUUACUUAUUUGUAUGCCUGAGAUACAGUUUGUGGCCUCAAUUUAAUUCAAUCAUUCCCUAGUUUUGAUUAGUUUGUGUGCAUGAAUUAAAUCAUUGUGGGAGUAUACGAGGCCACAUCAUUAGUUGCAGCUGCCAUCUGCUUGAGACACUUGACCUUGGUUGCACUUAGCAACGGACAGUACUCCCACUCUCUGUACUUGGCAGUAUUUCACAUUAGUGAGCAAUAUCUUUUGUGAAAAUGCACCCAGCGGUCCCUCCGCCUCACUCACUGGGUCGAGCCUGUGUAACGGCAGCAACAGAAAGUUUGCGGAUGCAGUGGGAAUUAGAUCUGGUCCAGGAGCACACACCUGGCGCUGGGGUUUGUGAUGGCUGAAUACAAGCUGCCACAGUCACUGACUGAAAAUCCAUCUGCGAAGCUGCUGCCUGCUCUCUAGCUAAUUCUUGUCUCAUUUGUGCUCUGAUAAACAUUAAAUUUAAAUUCAGUGCCCCAUAAUGCUAUUUUCUAAGCGACUGUACAUGUCAGUGGACCAGUGUAAGCAUGCUGAGGUUUUUGUCAUGCAGAAUUGGGCAUGGUUUCAUUGCUGCCAGGUCAGAGUAUACUUUGUGACGAGUGUCCCCUUGCACCAACUAUUCUCUUCAGAUGUCUCUCACUUGUGUAAAAAAUUGUGCCUACUUGCAUAGCACUGAUUUAAGUCUUGAUUGAGGCUAAUCUCAAAAUAAAAUUCUGUAAACCUCU